AUGUCGAGCGCCAGCAAGCGAUUGAAGGGCGUCAGUGUUGCGAGGCCUAUUUAUUAUGGCAGUAUAGCUUACCCUCUUAACGGCAAAAAAGUUUCUGACGCAGAUCAUACUCACAGAUGGACUGUUAUGUUAAAAGGGUUGAACAACGAAGAUCUCAGCUAUUACAUUAAAAAAGUGGUCUUCAAAUUACAUGAGACUUAUCCCAACCCACUAAGGACUGUGGAGCAACCACCCUUUGAAAUUUCAGAAACUGGAUGGGGUGAAUUCGAGAUAACGAUCAAAAUUUACUUUCAUACAAUGACAAUGGAAAAGCCCGUUCAACUAUACCAUCACUUAAGGCUACAUCCUUAUGAAGACGAUCUCAAUGGACAGCCAUGGCCUAAAGAUAAACCGGUUAUGAGUAUGACAUACGAUGAACUAGUCUUCAAUGAACCUACGGAAACUCUCUAUCAAGCUUUCUCUGAUCACAACGCGCUAGCGCUUAACUUACCCAAUAAAAAGUCCAUCAAAGAUUCAACGACACCUCUAUUUAGUGCCCAAUUAGAGCAAGAAGAGAUUGAGCGAUUGGACAGCGCUCAAAGAGAAAUUAAUAUACAAAUUGCAGCACUCAAGCAGAAAUUGGCAGCCUAUGAUUAA